AUCACUUGGCAACGAGACCGGACCCAGGGACAACAUGGACCCUGAUUCCUGAUUUUCUUCUUGUCCUUAAAGACGACGAUGGAGAGAGAUGAUACUCUUUCAGUGACACCCGACUGUUCUCUGCCCUCAUCAUGCUGUCCGAAUCUGCCAAUUACGACCUAUGUAUCUUCUUACAGGAGCAUACACAGGGAGCAACAAGCGCUACGCUUCUUCUCAAUGUUCUCAAGAACCAUGCGGCUUUCCUCGGGCAAGGUAUCAGAAAGAUUCACCUUGAAGGGGUUGAAUACCGUAAAUGUCGCUCGCGUUUGGAACAUGAGUACCUGAUAGCGACCGUGAAAGAAUCCUCAGGAGAUGGGCGAAGGGGGUAUUUCUUGGUGGACAGGUCACUUAACAACCCUACUGGUUCGGAUACGGCUAGCGCAUGGGGGAGUAUUACUUCUUCCUUGACGACCCCGCCGCCUCCUGCAGCCGCACCCUCUAAUCAGUGGGAGACUUCGAACCAUAUUCAUCGCGCCGGCGCCAAACUCAAGAGAGUCACCAAAUGGGAUCCUCCAGAUGCCCUCGAUAGACUCGUCAUCUUGCGUAACAUCGGCGAAGCUCUGAAUGUGCAAGGGCAAUGCGCUUAUGAUGUUCUUAUGACGAUGGACCUCCGCCAGGCGCCAAGACGCGUCACCCUCGAGCAUUUUCUUCUUCUCGUCCAGACCACUUCGAGGAACACCCCGCUGUACCACCUCAUCUUUUCCCAGUGCUAUUGGUUUGCCUACACUAUUUGGAAAGUUCUCGAACUGGAGACAGGAGCUCCUGUAGCGCAGACGAGGCAUGCUGAACGCCAGGGCACGCAUUCUUCCUUGGGCAAGAAACUCGCGGUAGGGAGAGGCAAUGGAGUGAACGAGUCGAGGACACCAGAGAUGAUAAAGUUGCAGUGGGAAGCGGAAAAGGUCGACGCAGACCAGGAAUGGGAUGCGUUGCGACAGGCACUUCGUGCUCCAGAACUGGCCCGGAUAAAGGCGGAGGAAGCGCUUCAGCAAGAGCGAGCUGCUCGCCAACAAGAUCGAGCAACCCUUCAACAGGAGCGGGCUGCUCGCAUGCAGGCAGAGGCCAAAGUCAACGAGCUUCAAGCAACGUUGACGAAACUUCAGUACUCUACUGGCGUUAACGUGCCCAUUAAUGUGUAGAGUCUUUUAUUUUUCCUUCACCCGCCAUCUUUAACUGUUUUAUGUGAUAACACCUAGUCCUGCUUUUAAUUUUUGCUAUCUGCUUUCGAUGCAUCUUCGCUGUACUUCGCUGUCCUUUCCUCCUUUAGUGAACCCUUUUGUAUUGUGCUUUUGAAACCGUUUGCCAGUGCUGGACUGAAACUGUACGCUUGUCAUACACACAUAAAACACGUUUUUUUUCAUUUGACUAUAGGUCUCAGGCUUUCCUUAGUUCAACUAUACCUUCUGCAGUCUUCUACCCUUCAUGAGGAAAGGCACCUGAGCAGAGAGAAUGCAUCGCUCGAAGCCCACUUGUGACUUGCAAAACGCUCGGGAGUGAAAUAGAGGUUACGACACUUCCAAGCUGCUAACAUCCGGCUAUUCCCUCCAAGACUUGAAGGUGUGGUCAUCACGUCAGCCUUCAAAUUAGUGA